AUGACCGAAACAUCAGCCUUGAAGCGCGCAGCUUCCGAAGAGCCCGACGUAUCGAGCGAGCCAUCUAAUGGCGUGAAGAAAGCCAAGAAAGUCGGCACUAUGGACCCAACAACAUCGACAGCGGAGCUAGAGAGUAUUGGAGCUACGGAAGCAGCCCCAGCUCGCGAUGAACCAAAUGACGAUGUUGCAUUGCAGCAGAAAGAUGCGACAUCCAAAGACCUCAAUGAGAAGAGCGGCACCGAAGUGCAGCAACCCAAGACAAUCGCUCCAGUGCCCGAACCCACCAAAGCAGAAGACGAGGACGAGGACGAGGACGACGAGAGCGAAAUCGAGAAAUCAGUUUCGCCGGACGGUAGCGAUGAGGACUACGAUUCCGAAGAAGACGGCGAUGACGAACCCUACGGUUACGGUCUUGAACGUGAUCCCGACCAAGGCGGUUUGGCGAUGCCACCCGGUCUUGAACGUGAUCCCGACCAAGGCGGUUUGGCGAUGCCACCCGGUCUUGAACGUGAUCCCGACCAAGGCGGUUUGGCGAUGCCACCCGGCCUUGACGAGGAAUAUGAUGAUUCGAAGGAAGAUGAUGAGUUUGAUGAGUACGUGGAAAAGCGUGACAAGGAAGCCAUUUGA